GAGCGCUACUGGAACACACGGCAGGUAUAAGUCGUCGAAACCAUUCAUGCGCUAUAGCCAAUGAAAAAUCAAGUAUCUUGGAAACGUACUUGAUCUCUUUUAAGGUUAGAUAGACGUUUUCCUUGUCAAUGCAAUUUAUGGCAGAAAACAGUGAGAUGGAUAUUAGUGAAGAGCAAACAGCAGCAGAAGAUGUUAAAACUGCUGGUCAACCGUUAUCAGACUUUUUGUUACAUUUAGAGGAUUACACUCCCACAGUCCCAGAUGCAGUCAGUGAACAUUAUUUACACACUGCUGGAUUUAACACAACAGAUCCAAGAAUAGUAAAACUAGUCUCCUUGGCAGCACAGAAAUUCAUUUCCGAAAUUGCUAACGAUGCCUUGCAGCAUUGCAAAGCCCGAGGAGCAAAUCAGAAUACCAAAACAAAGGGAAAAGAUAGGCGGUACACACUCACAAUGGAGGACUUGACACCUGCAGUCGCAGAAUACGGAAUAGUUGUCAAGAAGCCACAUUACUUUGUGUAGCUUACUAGAUUUAUCACCACUCUUAAAUUAUAUUGCACCAUCUUAAUGAGUAAGGAACAAUUUACAUAUUUAUUUUUAAUUACAAAUUAUUUUUAUUCAAGAUGUAUGUUUAAAAGCUAAAAUUUUGGCAAACGAUUAUUAACUUGUAAAAAUAGUAAUAACUACCAUUCAUUCUAAAUAUGCAUUCUGAUUAUUUAGUGAUAUUUUGUACUAUCUCUUGAAUGAGGAAUCCAAUAUAUUUCAUCUUUGAUUGAAAAAACUGUGCAAGGUGAAAUAGUUAAAAAAGCAAAACUAACAUGCAAAAUACUUACAAAAAAAUGAUUAAAUCGUCUUGAAUGAUUUACUAAAGACUAAUAGUUACUGAAUAUGAUUUAGCUCUUAAUUUAUGAUGUCUCCCAUUAGUUUUGCAUCUUUGAUAAUUUAAUAUUGAUGUUGAUGGAUUUAUUAAUCUGUGCAUCAUACAACACCAAAUUAAUUAAUAGCAGAAAAGAAGCUCUUGUACGAACAAAAUUUUUUGCUCUUUCUUUAGUGACUUAGUUACUUAUAAAAUUUGUUUAUGUGAAAAGAAAUACAAUUGAUGUUAACAAUCUUAUGUAUUGAUCCUUUUUAUCUGCAUACCAAUUUUAUCGUUUUUAUGACCUUUUGGCACCUCUAGUGUAGAAAAAUCUUCACCAUAGAAGUAAAGCGUACACCAAAA